AUGAAAUUACUCUCGUUGCCAAGUGAGAUUAUUAUUCGUAUACUUGCUCUCGCAGAACCACCGGAUAUCAUACGAUGCGGAAUGGUUUGCCGUUUAUUUCGGCAAAUUAUCGAACCUUUAGCCGAGUUCCAAUACUUAAUCAAACUUGAUUCUCUUGGUUAUGUUCCACCUGGGAGCCUUCGCCUCGACCUCUCUUAUAAAGAAAUGGUGUUCGUUCUAAAUCAGCAUCAGGAUAAGUGGGGAAGUGACACGCAUACGAGAGUGGACAUGUACAAGCUCAGGGAUCUCGAAUCUCGCAGUAUGACAUACGACUUCCACGGAGGCUACUAUGUGCGAGGGUCGUCUCUUCCUGGAAUGGGCGACUACACCCGCCGCUUAGAUGUCUACCAGCUACCUUCGGUCAACAAAAAUAGCGAAUGGAGAGAGUGGACACAUCCUGAUAUAGGAGUUGACGUACGAGAUUUUGUACUACAAACCGACUAUGACCUACUUGUUUUGCUUGAGGCUGGAGAGCCUAUAAGUGACCACGAGACUACCGAGGACUCUCCCGAUGCCUUGCAACAUAUCAAAAUACACCUACGCUCUCUUGAGACCGGCCAGCCCCACCCAGCUGCUGCGUGCCCUAUACUUGAGUGCCAACUACCGUCUUACAUGCAAUCCAUGUGCUCCUUUUAUGCCCAGGUGGUAGGGAGAUACAUUUCUGUCUUUUUUCAAGUACUGGCUUGGCGUGGGACUCGUUCCUAUGAGCUGAAAAUAUGGGACUGGACAACUGGGAAGCUCAUCUCGUAUAUAGGGACAUCGAUAGAUGGAGCUGAAUCCUUCACUUUUCUAUCCGAUCAGUUGAUUCUAAUACCAUGUCCCGUCACCUUCACCGAUGGAGGGUUGAGGCACCAAGCCCAUUUGGAUAUCUACAAAUUCGACGAACCCUCAACAGAUGAUGCUAUCGCUCAACCAGCCCAACUAAUUGCUUCGCUCUAUCUUCCAGAGGUUCCAGAGGUGACGGGAACUCGGUUUAUCAUAUCUAGGUUUUCAUGCCGGUGUGACCCUCCGCCUUCCCCUUCCGCUCAAAUAGCCGUCCCUUAUGUCGGGCGUCCAAAAAUAUAUGACUUAGCGUCUAAUAAUCGAGUACUUUGUGUGGCUAUGGAAGCUCUAAAUAUCAGAGUCAACACGGGGGGAAGAACGAGAACCAAGAGUAUGCUGUACAUCUCAUGCGCGGACCUCGUGGAUAUGGUCAUGGACAUCCUCGACAAAAGCACUCAAGAGAGUACCGUGGUAACAAUCCCAUGGAAAGACUGGGGAAAUAAGGCCUCCUGGGUGGAUAUUGGUCAAAUCUACACAGGAAAUCAGUGCUAUGUACAUGGCCAACGCACUGUUGGCCUUGUCUACGCCAGAAAUGAAAACAUUGCUGAAGACGCUGAAGAAGAGACGACUAGAAUCCAUUCACUUGUCAUAUUCGAUUUUGACCCGGUACGAGUAAAACAGGCGUCUCGGCAAGUUCGGCGCGGGGUCAGGAUAAGCGAUCCCAAGGCCGAGAGCGCAUGGGAUAUUCCAGCGGAAGAGACAAAGUUGAUGAGGAAUUUAUUCCUGGCUGGAGAGACAAAAGCGGAUAGACUCUUUUCUGUGCGUUCAACAUUGAUCAAUGAAGAGUUCCAUUCUCCCUAUUGCUAUGUCAUGAUCGACGAAGAACACGUUGUCAUUGUGUUGCAGGACCUGGGGGGACGCAAAUCAUCCGAAGGAUUUGUUGAAGUGGUAUCAGACGAUUCGGCCGAACUCCAAUAUCUCAUUGAACUGUAUUCCUUCGGCUAUGUAGCUCCUGGUAAUCCUCGCCGCGACCUCCUGAGUACCGAGAAAGUACAGCUUCUCAAGCAACAUCAAAAAAGAUGGAAGAGCACCUCGUGGACACAAGUCGAUGUCUACCCACUCAAAAAGAGAAAUCCCAACGGUGAUACUUCAACAUACGACUAUUGUGGGGGUGUUUAUGCACAAGGAUCUUCUUUUCCUGGCGGACAAUACACUCGUCGGCUAGACCUCUAUCAGAUCCCUUCGGUCAACAAGGAUAUCCCAUGGAAGCAAUGGUCGUUUGACGAUCUUGGCGUAGACACGAGGGAUUUUGUUAUGCAACCCGAAUAUGACUUGCUUGUCCUACUCGAGUCCAACCAAACCGUUCUCUAUCCAAACUCAGCCGGAAUCAACGAGGGUGAACCUGAUCGAACACACCAUUUUACGAUUCACUUGCGGACCCUUGGGACCAAUGAACCACACCCAGACGCAGCACGACCGACGAUUAACUAUAGUACUCCUUCAUACAGACGCACCACCUCUUCCUUUUAUUUCCAAAUAGUCGGGAGGUACUUGGCUGUACAAUUUUUGGUUACUAAUGCCUCUGGGUCGGAUAAAUUCAAGUUGAGGGUUUGGGAUUGGACUACUGGGAAAGACGUUACAUACAUCGAGCCAUGGAAACCUGGAGCCAAAACUUUUACGUUCCUUUCUGAUCAACUGAUACUAAUUCCGUAUCUCGAAGUUGUGUCCACGGGCGGUGUUGGGCUACUUCAUCCCAGGACGCAUGGAAAAAUGGCGGUCUUUACGUUUAACGAACCCAAUGACGAUAAUCCAGCUGAAGGGGCUCGUCAAAUUGCGACUUUUGAACUCCCAGAUUCGAGCAGUCCUUUCCUUUACCUUCAAGGGUUGUCAUGCCGGUGUGACCCUGCACCUGGACCCUCUUUCCGAUCAGCUACCCGGCAUGAUAGUCGUCCUAAACUGUUCGAUUUGGCACCUGAAAGUCGAGUUCUUUGUUUGAAGAUGAAAUCACCUGGAGUAAUCCCAAUUGACGAGAUGGAGAGCACUCUCUACAUCCAAUUUACGGAUCUUAUUGAUGCCGUCACGCAUUUACUUGAGGGGCCUACAGACAAACCGGUGCUCAACAUCCCAUGGGAGAAUUGGGUGAAAGGGACUUCUUGGGUGGACACUGACCUAUUGUACACAGGAAAUGAGUGUUAUGUAUAUGGGCAACGCGUCGUUAGCGUCGGUCUUGACCAUACCGACGACGAUAGCGAUUUGAACGAAAUAACUGCCGCCCUACUGCGUAGGCGCUCAUCUCUCUGCCUUUUCGAUUUCGAUCCUAUUCGAAACAAGCGUGAAAUCUUAUUGACCGAAUCGGAGAUCGAGAUAUUCUAUCCCAAGACGGAUACAGUAUUAGGUACCUGGAGUGAUGGGCCUUCUCUUCGGAAUACAUUUGUUGAAGGCGAACAUGCUGCCGACACACCUUUUGCAUUACGCAAGACCUUGAUCAAUGAGAGGCUGGAUCAGCACUACUAUGUAAUGGUAGAUGAUGAACACAUUUUAAUGGCCCAGCAAAGGCGCGGGCGAGAAUCAUCGUUGAUAGUAUAUUCGUUCAACUAG